AUGAUUCUUAAAAUGCCUCUGAGAUUAUCUCAACGGCCUCGACGUCGUUUCGGCUGCCGCUUUAUUGGCUACGCCCUCUGCGGCACAGCCGUCGCCACAUGUGUAGUGUUAACACCACCACUGGAAUUGCUGCCGGUGCCUUUACUUCCCACACGUGUGUUGUUAGAAGGAGUUGGCCGUGUCUGUCGUUGUGUAUAUGUGGCUGGAAAUAUAUUAGUGGAUUAUCAAUGGAAUCUCCGCGGAGUGGGAAAUGGUGAUAAUAGUGAUAGUGAUAAUGCGGCGAUUGCGGCAGCGUGGAAUGAGGUUCACUUACGCAGUGCCAAGCGAUUAGUAUCCCUCGCUGAGGCCAAUGGUGGUCUCUAUGUAAAGGCUGGACAGAUAUUUGCAAAUAUGAGUCAUAUUUUACCCUCACAGUAUUGUAAAACAAUGGCUGUUCUUCAGGAUGCCGUCAUGACGAGACCUUUUCCGGAAGUUCUCACAACUAUUGAACGGGAAUUGGGCUGUUCAGCAAGCGAUGUGUUUAUGGAAUUGGACCCAAAGCCAAUCGCAGCCGCAUCAUUGGCACAAGUUCAUCGUGGGAAAUUAAAAGAUCAUACAGAAGUUGCGGUAAAGGUGCAGUAUAUGGAUAUUGCCCAACGUUUUUCUGGUGAUAUGCGGACUAUUAAAUUAAUGUUAGGUGUAGCUGGAUUCUUUUUCCGUGGAUAUGAUCUUUCUGAGAUUGUUUCAAAGUUAAAUAACACCGUUGCGAAUGAGUUGGACUUUAGAUUAGAAGCGGAUAACUGUGAACGGGCCUCACGUGAUUUAAAAGCAGGUGGAUUUAGUGAUCGCGUUAUAGCGGUGGAAGUACUUCGAGAGUAUACAACACAACGAAUGUUAACAACACGAUUAAUAUCAAAUGCGGCAAAGAUAUCAGAUCGAGAACGAAUGGAGGCUCUUGGAAUUAAUCCUAAAACUGCUGCUAAGUGGUUCUUUGAUGCUCUUUCAUAUCAACUCUUUAUUACGGGUUUUUUACAUGGUGAUCCACACGCAGGAAAUAUUCUUGUUCAUCGUUUACCAAAUGGACAACCGCAAGUUGUAUUACUCGAUUUUGGUCUCUGUGCGGAACUCUCAAAUGAGCAGCGUAUUUUACUAGCCUCUAUAUGGACAGCAGCAGUAACACAUGAUACUCCUACACUAAAGAAUAUUGCCAAGGGAUUUGGUUGUGAUGAUUACGCACUCUUUGCAUCUUGUUUCUUACAACAUCCAUAUGAAUAUUAUAGUAGUGAUUCUCGUCUUACAUCAAAGGCAACACAGGAGUUAAUGAGAGAACAAGUAAGAAGUAAAAUGCAUGAGGUAAAUGAUAUUGUAUCUAGAUUACCAAAAGAAUAUGCUCUCGUUCUUCGUAAUAUAAUGGCAGCCAAGGCUAUUAAUAAGGAAUUGCUUGAACCUGUGAAUAGACCACUUCGCAUGUUGCGAUACUCUACAAGAGUGGCUUGUGGAUCCAUGUCUCAGUGGUAUAUAUUUCGUAUGUUAUUACGAGCAUGGUGGUCUGAAUGGAUCUCAUCAAUCAUAUUAGCAUACACCAAGUGGCGACAUCCAGAGUUAAUGAAGGUGAUUGAUGAUUCUUUACAGAUUCAAUUUAGUGGGUGA